UUGAGACUCGCUGUCAGUGUGUCGUUUUCAAGUCUCUGGUGUUGUUUGAACCCGUGGCCACCAAAUGUUUCGUGUGUUCUGUGACCGGAUUUUGCUCUGCAGCCCUUGUCGCCAGCUCACCCAGGCUCUCAGACAGGCGCACACCCUUUCGAUCGCCCAGGGUUUACUUCGCUCCCAAGCCUAUGUUGACGGUCGCUGGGUAUCGGCCCCCCGAUCCUUUCCAGUACUCGACCCAGCCACUGGAGAGGAGCUAGCCAAGGUAGCGGACUGUGGAGCAAGUGAGGCCGGCGAGGCGAUCGAGGCUGCUGCCUCGGCGUUUCAGACGUGGAAGGAGCGCUCUGGUAAGGAAAGGGGACAACUCCUUCGAAAAUGGUACGAUUUGAUGAUCCAAAACAAAGACGACCUCGCCAAGUUAAUAACAGCAGAAUGCGGAAAACCUCUUAAAGAAGCACAAGGUGAAAUCCUGUAUGCUGCCGCUUUUUUGGAGUGGUUUUCAGAGGAAUCUCGAAGAAUUUAUGGUGACAUUAUACCGUCCACCACAAGGGACAGAAGAAUAGUUGUACUUAAGCAGCCCGUGGGAGUCACAUCGAUAAUAACACCAUGGAAUUUUCCCAGUGCAAUGAUCACGCGGAAGGUGGGAGCAGCGCUGGCAGCAGGAUGCACUGUAGUGGUGAAGCCGGCUGAGGACACCCCGUUGUCUGCACUUGCUCUGGCUGAGGUGGCUUCUCAAGCAGGAAUCCCACAGGGAGUCUAUAAUGUGGUUCCUUGUUCAAGAGAAAGAGCCCCCGCUGUCGGAGAGGUAUUAUGUACUGACCCGAGAGUUCGAAAAAUAUCAUUUACAGGUUCCACUGCUACAGGAAAGGUAUUGUUGAAAUACGCCGCUGGAACAGUAAAAAGGGUCUCGAUGGAGCUGGGCGGACAUGCGCCAUUCAUCGUGUUCGACAGUGCAGACGUUGACAAGGCUGUCGCCGGGGCGAUGGGCAGCAAAUUCAGAAAUUCUGGCCAGACUUGUGUUUGUGCAAACCGUUUCUUGGUUCAGAAGGGAAUCCAUGAUAUAUUUGUAAAGAAGUUAUCAGAGGCCAUGGAGAGAGAGCUCCACAUCGGACAUGGGUUUGAAGAAAAGACUACACAAGGGCCAUUAAUCAAUGAGAGAGCAGUGGAGAAGGUGGAGAAGCAGAUUGCCGAAGCCAUUUCUCAUGGCGCCCGUGUAGUGAAGGGAGGUAAACGCCUGAAAGGAUCAUUCAUGGAACCAACUCUCCUAUCAAACGUCACCAAGGACAUGCUCUGUGCUCGGGAGGAGACAUUUGGACCCCUCGCACCAGUAAUUAAGUUUGAAACUGAAGAAGAGGCCCUGACCAUUGCCAAUUCUGCCCGUGUGGGUCUAGCAGGGUACUUCUAUUCCAGAGACCCAGCUCAAAUCUGGCGUGUAGCCGAACAGCUUGAGGUGGGAAUGGUUGGAGCAAACGAAGGACUGCUGUCAGCUGUGGAGGCCCCGUUUGGUGGUGUUAAGGAGUCUGGUUUGGGAAGAGAGGGGUCCAAAUAUGGCAUUGAUGAAUACCUGGAGAUUAAAUACAUGUGCUUUGGCGGCCUGUAGAGCCAAGAACACACAUAGAUGUUCGUCCAGUUGCUAAACUAGAUGUUAGGAGUCAAACGGUGCCACAGUAUCAAGACGUUCUGAGGACCUCACCCCAAGUGGCAUUUCAGCCCUCGAGAUCAUUAGAAGUGUACAAGAAACGGAGAUCAGCAUUAUCAGGAAACUCCCACAAUGCUACAGACCAAGAUGGCUCUUGCUUACGGUCCUAGAAUUCCACCUUUUUCUAUAGUAUUGCUGAAGUUUCAGUCACGGAGGGGUCCUUUGCUGAAAAACUGGCAAGGUUGUUCUUGGUGCAGGGCAUAAUGUUUUGUAUUUUGUUCUAAAUCAACUUAAACGUAACAGUUCCUAAAUUAUAACUGCGUAAUGUAACAUUCUCAAAAUCAUGUAAUCAAACUGCUAAGUUGGCAGGCCAGUAAGGCAAUGGGAGAAGGACCAGAACAUGAAAAUGCAACACAAAGACUAGAGGGGUUGUUACCAGAACAGGUGACGAGCCCAACACAUAACCAAGAAUCAUGGAACUUAGCCAGAAAGUCCAAAUUCAUAUGGUUUUCCGGGCAGCUGAGUUUGUGUGUUGACACAGUUAGACAGUACUUGUGUGAUAGUGUGACAGCAUUGUGGUUUAUUUUAGCUGCUACCAAUAAGUGUGCCAUUUUGGUUACAGUUGUCAUAGCAAAGCUGCCCAAUGAGAACCAGGAGUGUGCGCCAUGUGGCAUCUGUGACUGUAUAGAGGUGGGCGAGUGCACUCCUUAAUUAUCUAAGAUUAGAUAAGCAGGUCGAUAGGUAGAUAUGUAGACAGGUGGGACUUAAUUUGUCCCAAGGGGGGAAAAUAGAUACAGUGACAAUUAGCGAGUGUGUUUUAGUAAAGUUUCACUGGUAACACGACGCAGCACCACGUGGUCCUCGUUUUCAUAUGGGUGAUGACCCUCAAGUUCAGGUUACACGUAAGCACACACAGCCAAGGCUAUAAAGAACACUGCAGGGCCAAUUGGCACAAUCCUCAGGCUGGCUACAUUUAACACAAAGACAUUUCCAUUGACUACAAGACUUUUUUAGACAAGUAAUAACAACAUUGAGCAUAUGAUAGGAAACUGGGGGGCAAAUGCUUAAAGGAUAAGUUAAGUCAAAGUUAUUUCUUCACAAAUAAGCUAUAUAUAUGCAUUUGCCAUGCAAAAUUGUGUUCUAAAGUUAGUCACUUUCUAUGAAUUUUUAAAAAAUAGCUUGCUCACUCUGGCACUUUACAUUGUAGUCUAUGGGGCACUGAGGAAAAGCUUAAAAACUUACCAAAUACAGUACUUCCAUUUCUCAUGUCAAGACUGCUGUCAAGUAUCGAUCUGUGCCUGGGAAUUAUAGACAUAUUGUAAAAUAGUUUAUACAUAUCAUUUUUGAACAUAAAAAAACCCCCAACAUUAUGAGAUUUAGCAGUUGUAAAAGACGACCAGCCAUGUGUGAUAGCUCAACACUUAAGUCUUCCUACACAGGGUGCAGUUUUCCUCCAGGCAGACCAAAUCACAGUAAGCAUUUUGUUUGGAUUUACUUCUGUAUUUAUGUGUGAAUUUGCACAAACAAAUAGAGAUUGUAUUCUUACCGCGAGAAAUACAGCACCAGGAAUAUGCGAUAAAACAAUUAUUUCCGGAUCCCAUUUGUCAUCACACAGAAGGGCAGAUCAGCACUUAAGAACUGUCUUAGCUUGAAAAAUGGACGCAUUUGGUAAGUUUGUUAAGCUUUUUUCUUGUGCCGCCAUAUCCUCCACUGUACAGCACCAGAGUCGGCAAGACAUUGGUUAAAUUUAUAGAAAGCUUUAGAAUACAACUUUGCAUGACAAAUGCAGGUACAGCAUGCUUAUCUUAAUACAUAAUUCGCCUGCCUCCUCACUCACUCACUCACUCAUGUCCGUCCAAAGCCGAAUGCGCAGUCGCCUUCUGCGCAGCUGCCUGAAAAACCUUACGAGACCGACAUCCAACCCCAACAUCGCGGCAGGCGGUGGAUUUAUAGCCGCAAAAAUUCAAAGAGAAAGGCGACUUCGAUUAAAGCUCGAGGCCUAAUUACGCAUUCUGAUUCAAUUACGCAUUCAUUCAAUACACCUAUCUCAGGUUUGUGGUGCUUAUACUUAUUACUAUUCCAUAUUGUACUGGAACAUUCAUCAUUCAAUAUUAUACUAUAGGCCCCGAAAAUUCAUCAACUAACAGUACAAGCCUGUACAGUAAUGAGUAAAGCGGACUACAGUAAUCCCUCCUCCAUCGCAGGGGUUGCGUUCCAGAGUCACCCGCGAAAUAAGAAAAUCCGCGAAGUACAAACCAUAUGUUCAUGUGGUUAUUUUUAUAUAUUUUAAGCCCUUAUAAACUCUCCCACACUAUUAUAAACAUUUCACGCACAAUUAUACAGCAUAAACCCUUUGUAUUCUCUUAGAUAUUAGGUAAGAUUCGUUGAAAUUAUGUAUGUAAACACAGUAAAACCUAAAUAUUAUUUUAACGAUAUCGAGCGUCUCCGAUAUCACAUACGUUACAGCCAUUACGACAGACAGGCCACCAUCAAUAAAUACGUACAAUGCAAGAAAAAUUGUAUACAAUAAAAUGUGUGUACAGUGACACUAAACUAUGUACAUGUAAUAAGCACUGUACGUAAAUAAUUAAUUAUGGUUACUCACCAACAAUGACACGACGACUUGUCCGAUAACGAUGAGUUUAAUUUUACUGCACAACAAAGGAUAGCGUUACAGCUCUUCUAAAGGAGCCUCUUCAGGCGACUGUUUAGCACCGCCGUUGUACUUCUUCCAUCACUCUUCAAUCCAAAUCCCUAAAGCAGAUUCCAUCCAGACUACUGCCUUAUCACGUCCACUUGCAACUCAUUUUGUGCCCUGGUUAAAGGACACUGUGGCCAUAGAUCUUAUAUGCUUUUCCUCCUUUUUAAAUAAAAAGAAUCGUGGACUCAUUGAUGCCGUAAUGGUGUCCUGCAGCGGUGUUGCUGUUCCCUUCCUUCAACAUAUCCAAAACUUUUACCUUUUCUGCAAUCAUUUGCAUCUUCUGUUGGUGCUUGGACACGUUAAUGCUGAAUGAGUGAGAUUAGUACUUCCUGGUUAAUGCAGCACUCCGUCGCUAAGCCAAUCAGCAGCACACAGGAACUUAACCGCAUGCUCUGAUUGGGUAGCUUCUCAGCCAUCCACCAAUAGCGUCCCUUGUUUCAAUUCACAUGCGUCCCUUGUUUGAAUUCAAAUGGGCAAAUCAACUGAGGAAGCACACGCACUGUAGACCGCAGACAUCCGCGAAGCAGUGAAAAAUCUGCGAUAUAUAUUCACAUAUGCUUACAUUUAAAAUCCGCGAUGGAGUGAAGCCGCGAAAGACGAAGCGCGAUAUAGCGAGGGAUCACUGUACAAUCAUUACAAAACAACUUCUUUGUCACUUAUCAUUUGUUCUUCAUACACUGCUGACACAAACUCGUGCCCGUUUCAUCUUACGUUGUCGAAACGGGCUCUUUGUUUAGUGAAUAAAUAACUUUAGCUUGAAAAAUAUCAAACUUAGCCUUUAGGAAGAGAAGUUGAGUAAGAUGACCCCCUUUACUGGCUAACUAAAAAGAUUACAAUAUGCAGGAUUUCGAGGAAGCUCAGGCCCCUUCUUCAGGCGAGAUGUUAUCAAAAGGCCCGAGUUGCCUCGGAAGCCUGCAUAUUGUAAUCUUUUUAGUUGUCAUCUUACUUGACCUGUCACCACAUUCAUAAUGGCUAACAUGGUACAACACCCUAGUCCUUCAAGAAGACAAAGUUGCCGGAAGUUUCAAACAUUUUAAUAGCAAGUUAAAUGACUGAGGGAAACCUAGGACUUAUUUUUACACAACAUCUGGUGGGGCUGCACCCUCCUGGCCCUUAAUGCAGAAAUGCCAGUGUUCGUUAUGCAAAAUGUUUGGCACUGGAAUCUCAAUGGCUUUUAAUCUAGCAGGGUGCCAGCCACAUUGCUGAAACAGUUGAUUUUGAAUAAGCAGUUUUAUUACAUCUUCUAAAAAACUUCAAUGCAAGGCCAAUAGAUUUUAAAUAGCACACCUUAAAAACUGAAAUUGUAUUAAUGUGACAGUCAGCUGUCAAAUCAAGUAAAUAGCUUUGCUUUUAAGCCCAAUCCACAGCCACCUCAGUGCAACAAAUAAAUAAAUGACCCCAAGUGAGACUCUUCUGAGUUAAACAAACAGGCCGUCCAUCUAAGACUAUUUUAAGUGUUCUUUGAAAGGAAACCAAGCAUAUCGAGUACAUCGGGUUUUAGGAGAGAACGGCAGGGAGUUUCACUGAAGACACUGAACAGUCUUUCAGAUGCAGAGCUUGCAGCCUCGUGGACAAGCUAUCUACGCACAAGUUUGACUUGGAUCACAAAGUGCUCUUGGUGCAGUUUCUAUCAAAUGAGUGGAUUUUUGUCCCCAUCUGUGACCUUUUCGCACAAGUGUGUGACAAAUUCAGCCGUGACUUUCUUCUCAACAGGUCAUCUUAAUGCCGAUGGGGCUCCUUUACAUUUUCACUCCCUCCUUCAGUAGAAGGGGUUACAGUUUCUCUUAGAGACAAAUGUCUGACUUCUGAUGUUUUUGAAAAAGAUUAGUAGAUUUUUCUAGACAGCAGAUGGGUGCUUACCAAGGUUGCAGCAUGCAACUUACUUCAUUUUAAGAAGCCAAUUUUUUUUGGAUAAAGAAGGAAAAAUAUUUUUAAAUGUUGACAUAAUAUAAGUACGAGUGUGCCAAUCACAUUAAAGAAUCAAUGUUGUUUUUUGGAAUACACUUUGACAGCAUUUAUUAUGUAGAGUGCUAUCAAAAUGGACAGCCUCUUUGAUGGGAAAGUCAAAGCCGCCAGAGGUUCACUCAAGAGCACAGUUUUCCAUGUCAAAGCCACUAGCAGUAAGUACUUAUAAAGCAGAUCAGAAGGGUGUUUGUGUCCCAACAGAGAACAGAAAAAAUACGAUAGGCCACAAAGACAGUGCAGAAAGGGACAAAGAGAGAAAACACGUGAAAAACUGAACCCAAAAGGUCAAAACUGGGAGAACAGAACAAAACCCAAAAUUGCUAGACAGAAUUGUACUAAAAUACGAGAAACAAAGGAACAAUCACCAUAGACCAAAAACAAAAAGCAUGCACAAUGAAUAUUCACAGUCUUAGAAAAAGCAUUACAUGCAGCACAGGCAUAAAUACUGUUGACAGCACAAGUCACGUCAGUGAAACUCCUUCCUGGUAACCCACCGUCAUGUCAUAACAAUGGAUGCUGAAACUGGCGGAUCCUGUUAAAAAAAAAAAAAAAAAAAAAAUGGGACUGAAAAAUGAUGAACUUAGUCAAAAAAAAGUCUUAACAGAAUUACAUUCUCUAAAGCACAAAUCCCUCCAAUAAUUAAAAAAAAUCAUACAAAAUUAAAA